AUGUUCGAGGAAAUUCAUAAUGACUCUUCGAUCAUCAUUGGAGGAAAUGAAGAACAAGCAGAUUUCUUCUUGGAGAUGGCAUCUGCUUUCUUCACAGCCACUAAAGAAAGUGAAAUUUCACCAAAUGCAGCCGGAAAACUCGAUAAAUUAAUCACAAAAGGCUUCGGACAAUUCGCUAUCUGGCAACAAAUCAAUGUACAAAAUAAAGCAGUAUUAGAAUCAGCAAGAAAUGCAAUUGAAGAAUUAAAUCAACAAGAAGAGCAUGAAAAUCAAGAAAACAUUCAAAACGAAGAAGAAGAUGAGGAAGACGAUGAAGAUAUUAAGAAUCUUUUGAAAGAACGCAAUGAAAAUCAAGAAAAUGAAGAAGAUUUUAACGAAAACAACGAGGAAGAAGAACAAAAACAAGGAGAAGAUGAAGAAUACAAUUACAGCGACUUCGAAUUCGACAAAGAUGGCAUUCAAAACGCUCAUCUUUCUGAUGAAAAUCUUGAAGAAGAAGAUGAUGAAGAUAUGUACGGAGAAGAAGAAGACGGACUUGCUCCAGAAGGUGAAGAAGACGAUGACGAUACUCUUUCUGCAAUUAUUAAAGGAGAAGCCGGUGAAAAUGACGAUGCAAAAUAUAUGUCAUACAAAGACUUCUAUGGCGAUGAAGAUCCAGAUGCUUUGGAUGCUGAUAAUCGCAAAGCCAUGGAAGACGAAGAAGCAGAAGAAACAGGCGAGAAAGAUGAAAUUCAACAACAGAUUUCUGAGAUUGAGAAGCAAAUGCUUGAACCUAAGCCAUGGCACUUGAUGGGUGAAGCUUCUGCAGGCGAUCGUCCAAAGGAUUCUUUGGCUGAUAUCGAAAUUGACUUUGCCGUUUCGAAUUCUUUGCCUCCUGACCCAUUACCAGCCAAGGAACUCGAAGCCCUUCUUAUUAGACGUAUUGAAGCAAUGAAUUUCGACGAUGUCGUAAGAAAACGUCGUCCAACACGAAAUCCACAAGAACUUGAACAAAUAUCAUCCGCCAAAAGCAAGAAAUCACUUACCGAACUUUACGAGGAAGAACUUACUAAAACUCGUGAAGAAUUUCAGAAUGAAGGACCACAAUUCACUCAACAACAAACAGAAGCCAUCGAAAUGUGGAAAUCCCUCGAGCACGAACUCAACAGAUUUACAGAAAAGCGAUUUAUGGCUAGAAGACCACCUACAAAGAUCCAAAUUACGAAUAACAAGGACGCUGCUACUCUUGAUGCCGAAAGUAGGCCAGAGGACACAAAGGCCCCGGAGGAGAUCAUGAAGCCGGUCAAGACAACCCGCGAAAUGAAGGGAGAAGCGGAAGAAACCCACCAAGAAAGGCGUUCAGACAGAAGAAUGUACAAGCAGCACUACAAGAAGAACCAGGAGAAGAGAGAUGCAAAGAAAGGUGUCCUUUAUUCACAAUCUGGAAAAGAUGGAGCGGAAGUCCAGGUAAUGAACGAAGUAAAGAAGCUCCAGGAAGGAAAGUUGACUGGUAUAGAAGUUUAUGGUGCUGGACAGACAAUCCCAGACGAGCAGAAGAAGAAAGAAGUCAAGAAGAAUUAUCUUCUUUAA